GUAUUAUAACUUUCUCUUAAAUCAUAUGUUUGUAACUUUAAUGUAAAUCACACAAAGUGAUGAUAGAUUCAGCUAAUAAUCAGCUGAUACGUAAGAACACAUCAGAAAUAUAUUCAUGUGUGCAAAUAUAUAUAUGAUAUAUAUAUAUAUAUAUAUGAUAACCUAUAUAUAUAGAAGUCUUAUAUGUAUAUAAUGUGGAUGCGAAGCGUUUUUUCGAAAGUCAAUCUUACAUUUUAUAAAAAUAUAAAAAGAAGUAAUAUACACAUGAUAUAUGUAGUUAAUAUAUAAAGGGUUAAGUUUUCCUUGUGGAUCCAACAACUGAUUUUUUUCGUGUUAUUUAAUAGUCUUUGACGUGGAAAGUCCGAAAAUGUAAGUCUUAACUUUAGGAUCCAUCAAAUCAGAGGUUCAAAAGUUAUAUCUGCUAUAUGAAAUGUCAUUAAUAUUUUGCGAUUAAAAUAAUAAUUUCGGAGAUGGAUCUUGAUAAUGUUAGUUUACUCGCUCAACAAAUUAGAGAAACAAGUAAACUUUCCACAAAAGAUGCAGAGCAUCUAAAAAGUUUGCGUAUACAGCUAAAAAAUCCUGUAUUACCACAACAUGAGAUUGAAACCCGUGCUGGAUCUCGUCCUCCAACACACGAAGAAAUAAAAAAAUUUGAAGAAAUAGAAUCUAUUAAAAAAGGAUGUUAUAAUACAUCAGAGGAUAAAAUAAUUGUUCAUAAUUGGGAAGAAUUUUGUAAGUUACAUCACUGGGACCCUAAAGAGGUUGAACCAUUUUUACUUUUGAGAGAGGAAAAUAAAACAUAUAUACGCAGUAAAAGGGAAAGAAAAAGAUUUGUACAAUUUUUAGCAGAUGGUUUGCCAAAAAGAACUUUGUACAGUGUAUAUCACAGAUUUAGAAUUUUGUAUGCAGAUAAUUUUCAAAGAAGGUUUCAUCCAGAUGAAGAUAGAAUGAUUUUGGAUCACUUAGAACAUAAUGUCAACCUUGAUCAUAAGCGGAAAUAUACAGAUUUAGCAAGAGUUUUAAAACGAACUCGAAUUUCUAUUUGGCGUCGUUAUAAACUACUCAAGAAAAAACGUUGUGGAAGAUAGAAUUAUUAGAUAUUAUAUUAGAUUUUUAUGAUGUUUGUAUGUAAAUCGUUCGGGCGGAUACUAAGUCUAUUCGAAAUCAGUUUCAUGUCAUUUAUUUCACCAUCGUGAAUUUUCAAUUGAUAUCAGACACCUUUUCUCGUUUGAAAAAUAAUGAUUUAGCAAAAUUUAUAAAACGAAAUUGCACUAAGUGUCCGCGUGGACAUGGUAUCCACCUCACAUGCAAAUAAAACAAUCCGCUUGUCGAGAGUUAAUUGUCACAUUGUGUUGUUAAUUUUAUCUAUUUUUCUUAUUUCUAUAUAAUGUGUGUUUAAAUUUACUGUGACAAAAUAAAAAAAUGUUAAUCGCAAAUCUUAUGUAUAAAUAAACAAUAUUGAAUAGAA